CCUCGCGAAAAAAAUCAGCCUCAUUACUUUGACCGACUUCGAAGGAAAUGAAAAAACUAUGAAAAAGUUUAAGGACAGUUUGUUGUCAAUCGACGAAGAAUCUGAUAAGGAAGAUAAUGAACAUUUUGACGAUGAUUUUAUGGAUAACGAAUCGGUGUACACAGAAAUUCUGGCUGAAACACGCCGAGCGUAUAAAACACAGGAUGAAUUUACUUAUACAAUUUUCGAUCAAAUCUGCAAAUAUUUUACGAAAGAUUGGUCGUCUACAGCACGAAAGACUGUGAUUCCAAGAAACCCAUUCGUAUCAACGCAAAAAUUUGGCAACUCCAGGCAAAGACUGUCCAAUAACAGUUCCAAUCAAUUAUACGAAACGGCAGAAAAGCCUCCUUGGGCGUUAAUAUUACCAGACGAAUCCGUCGAUAUUUGCUUUCGAAAUAAAAAUCGUUAUAGAGGUCGACUAAGUCGAAAAAUGAUGGAAGGAAACGGUGUUUACCAAUGGCAGCAUGGAACGGGCUAUAAAGGAACCUUUGAGGAAAACAACAUUCGAGGCAAAGGUUACUUAGAAUGGAAAAAUGACGCCUGGUACGAAGGUGAAUUUUACAACGGUUAUCGGCAUGGCAGAGGUACAAUGGUAUAUCGAGAUUAUCAUAUAUUGUACAUAGGCCAAUGGUACAUGGGACAGAAGCAUGAAAAUGGGUACUGUCGUUACGGCGAAGAUAAUUCUUACGAAGGCGAAUGGAACAUGGGAAGAAAGCAUGGCGUAGGAUUACGUAUUUAUCCAAGUGGUGCUAAAUACAUUGGUUUAUGGAAAAACGAUUGUCGCGAUGGUCUUGGUACAAUGACUUGGCCUAAUGGUGACAUCUAUCGUGGGGAAUGGAAGGCUGGAGCUAUGCACGGCCAUGGACAAUAUACGUGGAAUGGAUUCUUUAAUAAAACUCUAUCUUGGCCACAGGAAGCCAGUUACAUAGGUCAUUGGAUAGAUGGCAAACGUGAUGGGAAAGGACUGCUGCAAUUAAAUUCAGUUGGCGGAGCAAGAUUUUCUGGAGAAUGGAAGAAUGAUUUGAAAGACGGUGACGGCAUAAUAAUUGGCAAUAACGGUGAGUUAACUGAAGGCAAUCCACUUUUUGAAAAUAAUAUACUGGUUGGCUCUAUCCCGGAAAGUCAAACAUACUUACUCAACGAAGAAAAUGUUGAAACCGCUCAAAAUUUCGAAGACAAGGAACUAAACGUUACCGAAUUCGAGCCGCUACCGAAAAUAUACCGAACUCCAAGAACAACAACGGCUAUGAAACCAGAACAGUGGCCGUCCAUUUGGUUUCAUCUCUAUCAGCUGUUGGAUCCAACUGGAAUGGAAUCGCGUUCUGAUACAUCUAUAAUAUCUGGAAAGUGUUACGAUUGUAAUAACACCUCCUGCACGUGUUUGAGAACUAGUAGCAGUACCAAAGUAUCAUCCACACAUGCUGCUUCCCCGAUACUAGUUAUUAAUUCUUCUACCCAUAAGACUGCUGGAAACGAAAGUAUUGACAACGCCGUGGUAAACGACAGUAUACCGAAAAUUGAAACAAAAUCGGAUAUUUUGGAUUUGUCUGAUUAUUAUUUUGAAGGAAUUUGGGUUUACAAUUGCUUCACACAGUAUGUUACACAACUCCGUGUAAUUUACAAAAGAUAUUCUGAAAUAUUUUGUGAUAAUACAUCAAAAUCUUCAUUAUCUAUGACACGAUUGUGUCUUUGGCAAUUUUGGCGUGAUUGCGGUAUUCACAAUAAGGGCAUGAGUCUCGUUGAAAUCGAUGAACAUCUUGCCCUUAAUAAGUCCAUAUUGAUCCAUGAGACAUAUUAUCCAUUUGAGAGAAUUGAAUUCUGGCAGUUUCUUCAUGCGUUAUUGGAAGUGUCUUGGCAUUUGUAUACAAAACCAGGAAACAUCGAAUCGAGAAAUACGCAAGGAAGAGUCGCUAGUGGCUUUAAGAAAUUUUUGAAAAAUGAUAUUCUACCAAAUAUGGAAAAACGUACAGCAGGAACAUUAAGCAACAUUAACAAAGAUCUAUUACCGCUAUUCUCUGUAUAUCAGCUUUAUCAAGACGUUGGUGAACCCCAUACAGCACAGGAUUUACUUUGUGUCACCUGCAUAAUGAAAGGUUUGCCAGAUCCAAAGCCAUAUCCAUUGUGGUCGUCUUUGUCAGAUGACUUAACUCCAGAACAGUUUUUGGAUGGCUUCAAUGCAAUAACGAUUGGCGAAAGAAUAAGUUACAUUCCCAAGAAACAACCUUUUAACAAACCUACAAUGAUAACAAAUCAACCGAAGGAAGCCACGGAUAAAUUAUCUAAUACAUUGUACGCAUUUCGUAAAUUGGGCGCGAAGAAAAUGACACAAAUUUUGGCUGACGUUUGUCCUGCAAUAAAGGACAAGGAUACAGGGAUGAUCAUAAAUAUGGAAUACAAGAUCACCUUUCUAGAAUUUUAUGAAAUAAUUAUUCAAGCCGCCAUGGCAGUUUUGCGCGAAAAGAAAAAAGCAGCAGAAAGAGCAGCCGCGGCUGCAAUUGCAGCCGAAAUGCGUUUACAGGAACCGGAAGAAGCAGUACACUCCUUUGUACAAAUUUACUCAUCAAAACGUGUAAAGACUAAAAAAAAGUCGUAAUCCUUAAUUAUCAAAAUACGCAUUGUUUGUCACAAUAUCAAUGUAAUAUAUGGGAACGCAAAAUCGCUGGUAUAAUUUUAACCCUUAAUUACACAGGUCUGGCCUUAGAAACAUACUUUACAAGACUAGAUCUGUGAGACCUGAAUCUGUGGAUCUGGCUUGUGAGGCCAUUACAACGAAUAGAAUAGCUCAAAAGUAGAGCUUUGCGUCAUUUUCCUCUUAGUUAAAACAAAUUUAAUGACCAAUUAUCAAGUAAUAAUUAUCUAGUAGGAUUUUUUUUUAAUUCGUUAAAAAUUUACACACAGACCAAUUCGGCAGAAGGGCUAAACAAAAAAUUGAUGAGGUCUUUGAGAUCACACGUGUGUAGUUAAGGGUUAAGCAAGAUUAGUAAAAUUCUUUUGUUCUUAUUUUUGAUUGUUUCCAGAAUGUUGGAACAGAUUUCUAUAAUGGUUUAAGUAAUUUAUUUGUAAGUACAAUAAUAUAUACGUAUAUAUAUAUAUAUUCAAUCUACAAGAUUUAAGUACUAGAAUAUAAUAUAUAUUCGCAAGUAUGUCAAUUCUAUAGAAUAUAUAGAUACUAUAAAGUCAAUCCAGAAUUA